CUUCGGACCCAAGACCAACAAGAUCUCGGUCGUAAACCACACACGACGACCCAUCAAGUGGCUCCGCAUUUUUAUAUAAGCACAAACAAAACGGGCCGCAGGAUCCGGCUCAGAUGUCCCUGCUCAAGUUCUUGGCCAUUAAUGCCCUAGAGCUGAGUGCCCCAGCAACGCCACAUCUCCUCCAGCAUCAGCAGGCCCACAAGCAGGCGAAGCCACAGGGCUGGAUGCAGCUUUCCGGUCACCCAGAGAGCAUUGUUCCCACAUCGACUGGAAUAGUGCGCAAACGGAUCUCAGGACUGGAGGAUAGCGAAGUACACGCCUACCGACUGAUCUGCAAGGAACCGCAGACCGCUCAGAUAGUGCCCGCCUACUUUGGAAUACAGGAGAUGCAAUCACAGCACUUUAUUGAGCUGCAGGAUCUGCUGGCUGGCUUUCGGGAUCCGUGUGUGAUGGACAUCAAGAUGGGCAGCCGCACCUUCCUCGAAUCGGAGGUCAGCUCGGUUAGAAAGUUUAAGAGUAGCUGAAAAAAAAAAAUUACGAUUAGUAUUGAUCACCAAGCAGCAUUUGUUUGAUUGAAACAGGUUUAAACUAAGUAUUUGUGCAAAGCAAUCCAAAUCUGAACACAAAAAAUAAAAUAUCUUAAGAAAGUGAAA